AUGUCGCCGAUUUAUUACGCGUCGGACUGGGACAGUUCCGUCAUAGUUAAUAAUUGUCAGGCGAGAAAGUGGGUCGAAGUGGAUUCAGAUGACCACUGGAAUAUAUUCUGGGCUUCCGUCACCAGCGCAAGGGCGAUUUUCAACUCAGAAAGCGGAGUACGACUGCUUGACGACCAGGUGAGCGUGUAAGUAUCCUUAUCUCGCUGUCUUUCAGAUCAUAAAUCACUUUCCUAAUCAGUUCGAACUAACGCGUAAGGACCUUAUGGUCAAAAAUAUAAAACGCUACCGCCGCGUUUUGGAAAAAGAAUCCAACAUUUUGGCAGCCAAAGAUGACCAGGGACGGUAUUUGUACCUAGAUUUUAUUCCUACAACGUAUAUGCUCCCACAAGAUUAUACAAUUUUUGCUGA